CACAAAAUCUCCUCUAACCAAAUCACAAUCUUUAAAAAUCAAUAAACGCAACGAAACUGCACCGCAACCGCGUCAAAAAACCAUAUAAUAGUCAGAUCAGAUAUUCAGGGUCAUGUUUACAUCACCCACAUAAACUUAACACAACUGUAAUUGCGAUAAGAUAUUAAUUACUCCACCAACGCACGACACGUAAGCAUCAGUACACAAAACUCAACAAAAAACAUCAAAAAAGAUGAAAUUAAGUAAUGAAAUCGCCUGGUGCAUCUUCGGAAUAUCCGCCUCGAUCUUCCUAAGACUCUGCACCACCUUACAUCCGUAUUCCGGCCAAGGAAAACCGCCUAUGUUCGGCGACUACGAAGCACAACGCCACUGGAUGGAAAUCACUGUAAAUCUACCAAUGAAUCAAUGGUAUCACAACACCAGCAGCAAUAAUCUCGAAUACUGGGGCCUAGACUACCCACCACUCACCGCCUAUCAUAGUUAUCUCAAUGGACUCAUCGCCUGGAUCAUCAACCCCAAUUUCGUCCAGCUGAACAACUCCAGAGGCUAUGAAAGCGAGGAACACAAGUUAUUCAUGCGAUACACAGUCAUCCUGGCUGAUAUCCUCAUCUACAUCCCAUCAGUGGUAAUAUUCUACCUUAUUAAUCAUAAGAAUACAACCAGACAUACAAAAUUACCCCUACAAUCAAUAAUAACUUUAUCUCUGCUGUAUCCAGGCCUGAUUUUGAUCGAUCAUGGACACUUUCAGUAUAAUUGUAUAUCUUUAGGGUUUACCAUCCUCGCCAUCGCUGCAUUAUCAGCCCAGUAUGAUAUAAUCGCUAGUAUUAUGUUUUGUUUAUCGGUAAACUACAAGCAGAUGGAGUUAUACCAUGCAUUUCCCUUCUUUUUGUAUCUUUUAUCGUCGUGUAUACCGAAACCAGGCGCGUCUGCACUGUCAGGUAUUGUAAAACUCUUUAAAAUCGCUAUAACUGUCCUAGUAACAUUCAGUUUACUCUGGUUGCCAUUUUUAUUUAAACUUGAAGAUACUCUGCAGGUGAUCCACAGGUUGUUUCCGAUCGCGCGUGGAUUGUUUGAGGAUAAAGUGGCGAAUGUUUGGUGUGCGUUGAAUAUUUUGUAUAAAUUCCGGGAUUAUUGCCCGGUGCAGAUGGUUAGGUAUUGUACGAUUGCGACACUGGCGGCGCUGUUACCAUCCAGUGCGAAUUUAUUCCUCAAUCCUAGUUUUAAGAAGUUUAUACCGGCGCUGAUUAAUUCAUCACUUGCGUUCUUUUUGUUUAGUUAUCAAGUGCAUGAGAAGAGUAUUCUAUUAGCGGCUAUUCCUGUGAUGUUGUAUUUACCGCAGAAACCGCUGCAGUGUUUCUGGUUCUUGUACAUUUCAAGCUUCAGUAUGUUGCCGCUCUUGAUAAAAGACAAACUUGUCAUUGCGUAUUUAAGUCUUACUUUGUUUUAUUUAACUAGUUUUGUGUAUUGUCAUGAGCGAUGGGGGAUGGAUGGGAAAUUCGAAGCGACUUUUACUAAGUUUAUCACUGAUUUAAAGCGGAUUAUUGUUGGGAAGUUGAAAGAGAAGAAUCCGAGUGAUUAUUCGACUAGUUUAAUGAAUGUAUUGAAUGUUAGUUAUAAGUAUUUCGUUGAGGAUGUGAAGAUGUUGAAGGAUUUGAUUCUGUAUAUGAUGAUGUUUGCGUCGUUUAUUGGCAGUGUUUUGUUGACGGUGUUGAUAUUGGUUUUUGAACCGCCUGUGAAGUAUCCGGAUCUUUAUACGUUGAUGAUUGCGGUUUAUUCCUGUGGGCAUUUUGUUGCGUUUUUUGUUUAUUUUAAUGUGGUGCAGUUUAAAGUACCCGAGCAGUUUGAGGAGUGUGCGGUGAAUUGUGCGAAAGUAAAGCAGUCGUAAAAAUAGUAAAAUAAAUCUGUAUGUUGUUGA